AUGGCGGGCCUCUUCAGAAAAGUGUACGACUGGUUAUUCAGGACAUUCUGGGCGACCGAAAUGGAUGUGACUAUGAUAGGGCUACAGAACGCGGGCAAAACAUCGCUUCUGCGUGUCCUGGCGGGCGGAGAAUUCACGUACGAUUCUAUUCCGACGGUAGGCUUCAAUAUGAAGAAGGUAACGCGCGGUCAUGUUACGUUAAAAUGCUGGGACCUCGGUGGCCAACCUAAAUUUCGUCCGAUGUGGGAGCGAUACUGCCGCGGUGUAGAUGCUAUAGUUUUCAUUGUCGACAUCGCAGAUAUCCAGCUGUUGGGGCAAGCGAAAGAUGAGCUCCACGCUCUUGUGGCGCAACCAAGUCUCGAAGGCAUCCCCCUACUCGUAUUGGGUAACAAGUCAGAUCUACUCGAUAAGCUCAGCGUAGAUGAGUUGAUCGAUGCCCUGUCGUUGAAGAGCAUAGGGAAUCGCGACGUCUCUUGCUAUGGCAUCAGCGCCAAGGAAGAGACAAAUCUAGAAGCCGUGCUGCAAUGGCUGAUGAAGUUCGCUCGGUGA